CACAGUCCGUGGAUGAGCCAGCUGAGGGUCUUGCUCCCUAAGAAUGAAUCCCUGUUGUAUUUUAGUUGCCGUUCUGAUGUUGAAGUUCCAUAUAGUAUCAACUGGCUUCUACACUCUUCACCAAGAAAAAGUCAGCUUUGAAAGUGCUAUGAAAACCUGUCUGACAGAGGGCGUUCUGACCAGCAUGGCCAGCCAGAAAGAAGUAGACAGCAUCCUGAACAUUCUGAGCACAUCUCUGUCGACUGUAGGAAAUUGGACUUUUUGGGUGGGUUUGUGGAAACCCAAAGGGAGCUGUCCUCUGGAGGACCUGCCGCUGCGUGGAUUCAUGUGGACAGCGGACAACAGGAGCGAGGCAGAGAUAAGUCAAUGGAAAAAGCCACCCAUGGGAACCUGCACUAACAUACGAUGUGGAUUACUGUCUGUCUACUUUGAUGCAGCACAGCUGACAGAGUGGGGUUGGGCUGACGCAAGCUGUGCAGGUAAAAACGGAUUCAUUUGUAAAAGGGAGGAUGAAUCCAGCAUCUCUCCUCACCAGCCUGCCCAGGAGAAUGCCCCACAGCUCACUUCACCUCCAAGCAUGGCCACCUCUCCAGACACUGUCAACAAUGUCAGGGACAAAUACAACAUUUUCAUACCUGUGCUGGUAGCAUUGCUGGUUUUGGUGGUGCUAGUGGUGGUAGUUUUGGGUGUUUUCAAAUGUUGUUUUCAGAAGCAGCUGAAUACAAAAAUCAGUGGUAAAAAGGCAGGAAAGACAGAGGAGAUGGUGGAUCUCCACGUGGAACAGGUGGAAGGGAAGGAUGACUCUAUAGUCUGAGCGCUACAGGACUGUAGAAACUGACACCCACUCAAACUAAAUUUAAC